AUGAAUUUUUAAGCAGUUUUGGAUCAGAUAAAAUUUUAUGAGCCACAUUUUGAAGAUUACCAUUUCCUUGCUCUUUAGUAGGUUAAUGCUAAAUUAGCAAUCUCUAAUAAUUAUAUUUAUUAUGGUCAAUUUGAAAAUAAUCUGAGACAUGGAAAAGGUUAAAUGAAGAUCUCUAUGAGAUAGGUAUACUUUUAUAAUAAAAUGGACGGAAAUACGAAGGACAAUGGUAAGAUGAUCAGAAAUAAGGUUAUGGUUGGGAAUUACUGGCUAAUGGAUCUUAAUAUGAGGGAAAUUAUGUAGGAGGAAAGCCACAUGGAGAAGGUAAAUUUACUUGGGCUAAUGGAGAAGUUUAUGAAGGAUAAUGGAAUUAAGGUAAUAAAGAGGGUUAAGGUAUUAAAUAAAAUAAAUAGAAGGAAUAUGGUAUGGUUUAAAAGGAGAACAAUAUUAAGGGGAAUGGAUGAAUAAUGUAGCAUGUGGUUAUGGAGAACAUAUACACAGUAAUGGAGAUAGGUAUGUUGGAAAUUUUAAAGAGUGGCUUAAGAAUGGAGAAGGUUAAGAAUAUUUUAGUAAUGGAGACAGAUAUUAAGGGAACUAUUUGAAUGGUAAACCUCAUGGAUAUGGAGAAUAUUAUUGGAGUAAUGGGGCACAGUUCUAAGGUUAUUUUAAGGAAGGUCUAAGAUGUGGAAAAGGAAUUUGGAAAAGAAGAGAAGAAUCUCCAACGGAUCAAUAUCAAGGGGAAUAUAAUGAAGAUAAGAAAAAUGGAUAUGGAGUUUAUAAAUGGACAAAUGGAAAUGAAUAUCGUGGCAUCUUUUUUAAUGAUUAUAAACAUGGAUAUGGUGAAAUGCAUUAUACCGAUGGAAAGGUACUCAAGGGAAAUUGGGAAUAAGGAAAAUUUGUGGGUGAAAUUAAAUAGAACUCAUCUAAAAAAACUUCAUAUUCAUUUGAUAAUCAUAUUAAGAUAGUUGAUAAUACUAAUUGCUUCAAUAAGAGUAUUUAAAAAUAAAAUAAAUUUGUAGACAAUCAAUUCUUAAAUAGUUAUUAACUCUAAAAUCAUGAAUGUGAAAAUGAAAAGUUAAGUAAUUCAUUUGUUGAUGGAGUUAAUAAUAAUUAAUGCAACAAUAAUAUUAACAGCAAUCCAACUUCUUCUCAAACUUAUAGAACAACAAAAACAAUUCGUAUAAGACAGUAUUAAAAAGACAAAUCCUUUAAUAUGAGUUAAUAAACAUCUCAAUAUGGACCUUCCAGCCCAAAAAGAGAGUUUUCCGAAAAGAAUGAAAAACAAAAAACAUAAACAAAAUUUUGCAUCAAAACAUAAGAUAAUUUCUAUCUCCAUAUCAGAAGACCAAAAUAAUACUCUCUUUACUAAAACUGA